AUGGACAUCCCAAAUCAGACCACAGUGACUGAGUUUACCCUGACGGCCUUUCCUGUUCUUCAAAAGCUUCAAAUUUCCCUUUUUGUGGUCCUCUUCUUUACUUACAUGCUUACUCUCACAGGAAACGUUGCCAUCAUUUCCCUAAUAUGAGCGAAUCAUUGCCUCCAAACCCCAAUGUACUUCUUCCUCAGUAAUUUGUCAUUUUUGGACAUUUUUUUCACCACCUCAGUUACCCCAAAGCUAUUAGCCUAUCUCCUGCAGGACAAGAAGAUCAUAUCUUUUGCUGGGUGCAUCACCCAAACUUAUUUCUUUUUCUUGGGGACAGUGGAGUUUAUCCUCGUGGCAGUGAUGUCCUCUGACCACUACGUGGCCAUCUGUGACCCCUGCACUACACCAUCUCACAACAGGAGGGCCUGUCUCCUACUAGUUCUGGGCUCCUGGGUUGGAGCCUUCCUGUCUGUGCUGUGCCCAACCAUUGUGGUGUCCAGAUUGCCUUUCUGUUACAAGGAAAUUAGUCACUUCUUCUGUGACAUUGCCCCUCUGCUACACGUGUCCUGUAUAGACACUCAUUUCAUCGAGAUGAUAAACUUCCUCUUAUCUUCCCUCAUCCUCCUGACCUCACUGGUGCUCACCACUGUGUCCUACAUCUACAUCAUUUCUACCAUCCUGCACAUCCCCUCAGCCAAAGGACAUUGGAAGGCCUCUUCCACCUGCGCUUCCCACAUCACCGUCGUUUCCAUUGCAUAUGGGAGAAACAUCUUCAUGUAUGUGAGGCCCAGCCAGUCCUCACUCGAUUUUGACAAGGGGACAGCUGUCCUUACCACAAUGCUGAUCCCUUUUCUGAAUCCCUUCAUUUAUAGUCAAAGAAAUGAAAAGGUAAAGGAAGUCUUGAAAGAAGCAGUCAGCUAAAUUAUGUCCUCAUGGCACAGGAGAACUUAA